AAGUACUUCCGGUGUGCAUCCACGGCUGUGUGGUUGUUUUUAGCUGUAGCUAAGUUCUAUGAAAGGUUGAGCUUAUAUUAUUCAUCUGAGGACAAAUACAAAAUGGGAUGUGACGGCGGAACUAUUCCAAGACGCGACGAACUCGUUCGGACCAAGCAGAAGCCAGAACAGAAAGAUAAAGACGCCGAGGCUGUAGCGAAAUGGAAGCACUGUGCAAUAACCCAGGAAGAGCUGAGAUUGCCAGUUGUUUCCUGCGACUUGGGAAGGCUUUACAACAAAGAAGCCGUGAUUGAAUACCUGCUCAACAAGGAGGCAACAAGUGACAUUGCGAAACACAUCAGGUCUUUGAAGGACCUCGUUGAGUUGAACCUCACCGAGAACCCAACCUACCGACGUAAGGGUGCGGACAAAGGGGAUGAAUAUGUGGAUCACAGAGCAUCUCGCUUUAUCUGUCCCGUCGUGGGCUUGGAGAUGAAUGGAAAAUAUAAAUUCUGUUACCUUCGCCAUUGUGGAUGCGUUCUUUCCGAGCGUGCCCUCAAGGUGAAAUCGGAUGUUUGCCACAAGUGUGGAAAGCCUUUCGAAGACGAUGACAUCGUUGUUCUGAAUGGCACAGAGGAAGAACUGUCCGUUCUCGAAGAAAAAAUGGAAGCCCGUAGACUGAAAGCAAAACUAGAAAAGAAGUCUAAAAAGCGUGCGACUGACAUAGCCGUGGAGGAUGGCAAAAAGAAAGUCAAGUUCGAAGAGCCGUCGAAGGCAACUGGCAAGUUGGUGAAUGGAGGUGCAAGCACGAGCGAGGCAAAGGCAAGGCCCACAACUGGAACUUCCACCAAAAUGAUCCUGCCAGAAAAGGCGUGUGCCGGCUACAGCAUUGCAAAGGAUCCCAACACAAGCGAGGCAUUGAAGUCCCUGUUCACAACACACAAGACAGCACUUAACCAAGAGAAAGCCCACUGGAUCACUCAUAAUCCUCUCUAUUAUUAAAGAGUUCCUACUAUAC